GGGUCACUACUAUGGCAUAUUGCCCUUUAAAAAAUAUUUACAAAGCUACGGGUUCACGAUCACCGUACGUUACAAAAUUCAUGCUGCAUACCUAUAAUGUCUAUCUCGUAAAUGCAGAACUUCAUUUCAUUCGUUCGGGCCUAUAGGCGGCUGUUGCAAAUGACGCAUUGAUCUGACUUUUCUCGACAACGUGCAGUAUGGAGCCAGCUGUUACCACCCUUUAUGUCGUAAUUGAUCGGGCACCAUUUUUCCAUUCACAAGUUGAAUGAUCGAAAUUAAGGCCAAGUUCUGAGUAUACUUCCCGAGCUUGAUGUUUUUGGACUUUUAAUCUUACAUUGAAAGAAUUGUGUGUACAUUACGAACUUGCGUAUCUUUAAUACUAUGCAUUAACAUUAUAUUUAUGUUAGUAAGUCUAUCGGCAAUCGUUGGACAAACAACACUGUCAGCAUCAGGAAAAAUAUAUAAUACGUAUACCGCUAUACUUUUGGGAAAUUUGAAAAGAAUCGUCAUAAAGAGCGUAUAUAUCUGCGAUUUUUUUCCCACUAUAGCCCUUUCGAAGUGCAUCACGAAAUCCGGUUUACUUUUUUUCCCAUGACAGAAUCUUGGCUUGCAACGGAAUGGCAACAACAUAUCAUUCGGUUAUCUUCGUUUUUAUUUUAAGUGCCGUGCUAUAUUUCUCAAAGGGUGACAUAAUGAUGGACGUCACCACGAAGGAUUUUUCCAGUUUUCUGGCAGAGAAGAAAUCCAUGUUUUUCUAUGUUGUAACCAACGACUGCAACAUGUGCGCGAAACUAUUCUACACGUUUCUAACGGCGUCACAGAACUUCCGGUUCGACCAGAAGACAUUAUUUGGACGCGCGCUUAACGAAGAUUUUGUCGGAACGUUCGACGUGAAGCGGUUUCCGAGUGUUGUCUAUUAUAAAUACGGAAGUGCAGCACCAGAGAUUUUUGAUGGAGAUAUAACUACCGGAGAGCUGCUUAAAGUUGUAGCAAAAGCUUCGAAGAAAGACCCGCUAUUGAAUGAGCGCAAUUUCGCGCUUGAUUUGACAGAGGAAUUGUUUAUGGAAGUGAUGAAAACAGACGAUCAGUUUAAGCUGGUAAUGCUGCACGAAGCUGGUGACAAACAAAAUGUUGCUAUGUACGACAAACUAGCUGAAACUUUUCAGAAUGACCAUAGUGUGGUGGUUGCACGCAUCAACGUCGACUUUGAAAAAGCCCUUAAAAAGAAAUACAACGCAAUUUCGUAUCCUUCGUUUUACUGGUAUUCAAAGGACCGAAACGCAAAAAAGAAGCGAUACGUUGGCAGUGCCAACGUGGAACAGAUGGUUUCUUUCAUUAACAAAGAAGCUGGACUGUUCCGGACCAGCGAUGGCAAGCUUAACUCAUUUGCAGGACCAAUCAAGUCGUUAGAUUCUGUAUUAAAAAAGUAUGGUAAAGACUUGUACGAUAUAACAAAUGUUAAACAAAUUCGUAUUGAGCUGAAACAAGAGUCAAAUAGACUUCCUAUAGAAACGGACAAAGAGCUGGUAGAUUUCUAUUUUGAAAUUUUAAAUGAACUGGAAGAAGACAGAACCGUAGACACUUUGACUGAAAUGAGAAACCGCAUUUACCGGCAGUUGGAUGGCGCAGGUCCGCUGAAGUUCGAUCAGUUGAUAAUGAAACGAAAUAUUUUGAACUCCUUUAUCGACGUUAUAGGGAUGCAUCUUUUAGGACAGUUUUCAGAUGGUUUUGAAAUUCCAAUUGAUAUAAAUGAAGAUGUCGAUGCACAUAGAAGUCAGGAUGGACUCACUUUUCACGAGGAAUUGUAAAAGGCUGCGCAAAUCCAAUUGUUUGAAAAAAUAUAAUGUUUGAUUAAUAUAUAAUCAUAUAUAUGUAGUUAUGUAGUUCUAUAUAUUUAUCUGUAUAAUGUAAAAUGGUGUCGGUGAAUUUAAAUGUACAUUUAUAAGGGGGACGUAUGAUACACAAUUACAUUUAAUGUAAUCUAUGCCAUUGUGUUAAUAAUAAACAGUUAAACGCUCUAAAAUAUGUAUGUAAAAAAUCAAAAAAAUCUGGUACAAAUAAUAUAGUACUUUUUUUUAAAACAACACGUGGACAAUAUACAUAUACUGGUUUUAUUUCAUCAUACAUUAGGCUUGAAGCCCAUGAGUACACAUACAUAUAACACACAAUGAAGUCAACAGUGGUCAAUGACAUACAGGCGUAUAUAUAUAUAUAAAUAUAUAAUUUUAGUAAUAUAAAUUUAGAAUAAACAAUAAAAGGCAUCUGCAACUCCGAAGACAUGCAUAUUGAAAAUAAACAGCUUUUUUAACAUGUAUAUAUAUUUAAAAACACUGUUA